AACUGCUGUCACAGCAGGUGCUGUCCACAACAGCAGCUACAGAACAGCAGAGGUUACAGCCAGCAGCGGACCCGGAAUAAUUUCAGUGUCUAAGCAGAGACGUCGUGUCACUGCACGCCACUAUGGGGGCGCGUUCCCCACUUGUCGCUUUACUCUGCAAUUACCGAGAUAUCCUAUUUCUUUUGGUCCUUCUCACCUCCAGCGUCUACGCUAACAAGAAAGUCUAUGAAGAUGACGUGGUGUUCUACAAGAAAACUGAUGACGGAGAGCUACUUCGAUGUGUGGCUCGACUUCGGUUUUCGGUGUCUCCCGAGGCGUCUGGAUCCCUAACUGGGCUGAAAUGUAAUCCAGCUACCAGGGACUUAUGGAAGAAUGACAUAAUAAGCAGGAUGGGUGCUAGUUCAUCUGUAGAUGCAUCCGGGUUUACAUGCAAAGAUGUGUAUCCAGCCCCGUGGUGGCCUCAGAGCUGGGACGAUAAAAUUGCUAACUGCCGAAAGUUAGACGUCUCUUCUUCAUCAUCCUCUUCGUUUUCGAGCAGUUUUGCCUCAUUCGCCUCCAGUUCGUCUGUUUCAUCACCCAGCAGCUCUGGUUCAAAGUUGACCCAAAGUGCAGGCAGCUCUUCUUCAAGUACCAUCAGCUCCCCCCUGGACUGUCUCUGCGAGGAGAGUUCAAGCUCAUCAAGUCUGAGCAGUUCACCAAGUGCAAGCAGCUCUCCAGGUGCAAGCAGCUCACCAAGUGCAAGCAGCUCACCAAGUGCAAGCAGCUCACCGAGUGCAAGCAGCUCACCGAGUGCAAGCAGCUCACCGAGUGCAAGCAGCUCACCAAGUGCAAGCAGCUCACCAAGUGCAAGCAGCUCUCUAGGUGCGAUAAGCUCAAGUGCAACAAGCAGCUCACCAAGUGCAAGCAGCUCACCAAGUGCAAGCAGCUCACCAAGUGCAAGCAGCUCACCGAGUGCAAGCAGUUCACCGAGUGCAAGCAGCUCUCUAGGUGCGAUAAGCUCAAGUGCAACAAGCAGCUCACCAAGUGUAAGCAGCUCACCAAGUGCAAGCAGCUCACCGAGUGCAAGUAGCUCACCGAGUGCAAGCAGCUCACCAAGUGCAAGCAGCUCACCAAGUGCAAGCAGCUCACCAAGUGCAAGCAGCUGUUCAAGUCUGAGUAGCUCAUCAUCAGUAUCAUCCUCCAAUUCCCAACAUGCGCCAAGUUCAAGCAGUUCGACCAUAUCUACAAGCAGCAGCAACUCCCUCGACUGUCUGUGUAUCGGUGAGCCAAGUUCAAGCUUAAGUUCGUCAAGCUUAGGAGGUCCAUCAAGAAGUUCAAGCAGCUCGUCAAGCUUCUCAUCUCAAAGUAGCAGCAGCUCGUCAAGCUUCUCAUCUCCAAGUAGCAGCAGCUCGUUAAGCUUCUCAUCUCCAAGUAGCAGCAGUUCGUCAAGCUUCUCAUCUCCAAGUAGCAGCAGCUCGUCAAGCUUUUCAUCUCCAAGUAGCAGCAGCUCGUUAAGCUUUUCAUCUCCAAGUAGCAGCAGUUCGUCAAGCUUCUCAUCUCCAACUAGCAGCAGCUCGUCAAACUUCUCUCCAAGUAGCAGCAGCUCGUCAAGCUUUUCAUCUCCAAGCAGCAGCAGCUCGUCAAGCUUCGCAUCUCUAAGUAGCAGCAGCUCGUCAAGCUUACAGGGUCCAUCAAGUAGUUCAAGCACCUCGUCAAGCUUUUCAUCUCCAAGUAGCAGCAGCUCGUCAAGCUUCUCAUCUCCAAGUAGCAGCAUCUCGUCAAGCUUAGGAAGUCCAUCAAGUAGUUCAAGCAGAUCAUCAAGCUUUACAUCUACAAGUUGCAGCAGCUCGUCAAGCUCUUCAUCUUCAAGUAGUAGCAGCACGUCAAGCUUCUCUCCAAGUAGCAGCAGCUCGUCAAGCUUUUCAUCUCCAAGUAGCAGCAGCUCGUCAAGCUUCGCAUCUUCAAGUAGCAGCAGCUCGUCAAGCUUACAAGGUCCAUCAAGUAUUUCAAGCACCUCGUCAAGCUUUUCAUCUCCAAAUAGCAGCAGCUCGUCAAGCUUCUCAUCACCAAGUAGCAGCAUCUCGUCAAGCAUAGGAAAUCCAUCAAGUAGUUCAAGGAGCUCGUCAAGCUUCUCAUCUUCAAGAAGCAGCAGCUCGUCAAGCUUCUCAUCUCCAAGUAGCAGCAGCUCGUCAAGCUUCUCAUCUCCAAAUAGCAGCAGCUCGUCAAGCUUCUCUUCUCCUAGUAGCUGCAGCACUUCAAGCUUACCAGGUCAAUCAUGCAGUUCUAGCAGUUCGUCAAGCUUUUCAUCUACAAGUAGCAGCAGCUCGUCAAGCUUCUCAUCUCCAAGUAGCAGCAGCUCGUCAAACUUCCGAGGUCCAUCAUGUAGUUCAAGCAGCUCGUCAAGCUUUUCAUCUACAAGUAGCAGUUGCUCGUCAAGCUUCUCAUCUCCAAGUAGCAGCAGCUCGUCAAGCUUCUCAUCUCCAAGUAGCAGCAGCUCGUCGAGCUUAGGUGGUCCAUCAAGUAGUUCAAGCACCUCGUCAAGCUUUUCUUCUCCAAGUAGCAGCAGCUCGUCAAGCUUGCAAGUUCCAUCAAGUAGUUCAAGCACCUCGUCAAGCUGUUCAUCUCCAAGUAGCAGCAGCUCGUCAAGCUUCUCAUCUCCAAGUAGCAGCAGCUCGUCAAGCUUAGGAGGUUCAUCAAGUAGUUCAAGCACCUCGUCAAGCUUUUCUUCUCCAAGUAGCAGCAGCUCGUCAAGCUUAGGAGGUUCAUCAAGUAGUUCAAGCACCUCGUCAAGCUUUUCUUCUCCAAGUAGCAGCAGCUCGUCAAGCUUGCAAGUUCCAUCAAGUAGUUCAAGCACCUCGUCAAGCUGUUCAUCUCCAAGUAGCAGCAGCUCGUCAAGCUUCUCAUCUCCAAGUAGCAGCAGCUCGUCAAGCUUAGGAGGUUCAUCAAGUAGUUCAAGCACCUCGUCAAGCUUUUCUUCUCCAAGUAGCAGCAGCUCGUCAAGCUUAGGAGGUUCAUCAAGUAGUUCAAGCACCUCGUCAAGCUUUUCUUCUCCAAGUAGCAGCAGCUCUUCAAGCUUACAAAGUCCAUCACGUAGUUCAAGCACCUCGUCAAGCUUUUCAUCUCCAAGUAGCAUCAGCUCGUCAAGCUUCUCAUCUCCAAGUAGCAGCAGCUCGUCAAGCUUCUCAUCUCCAAGUAGCAGCAGCUCGUCAAGCUUAGGAGAUUCAUCAAGUAGUUCAAGCACCUCGUCAAGCUUUUCUUCUCCAAGUAACAGCAGCUCGUCAAGCUUGCAAGUUCCAUCAAGUAGUUCAAGCACCUCGUCAAGCUGUUCAUCUCCAAGUAGCAGCAGCUCGUCAAGCUUCUCAUCUCCAAGUAGCAGCAGCUCGUCAAGCUUCUCAUCACCAAGUAGCAGCAUCUCGUCAAGCAUAGGAAAUCCAUCAAGUAGUUCAAGGAGCUCGUCAAGCUUCUCAUCUUCAAGAAGCAGCAGCUCGUCAAGCUUCUCAUCUCCAAGUAGCAGCAGCUCAUUAAGCUUCUCAUCUCCAAAUAGCAGCAGCUCAUUAAAGCUUCUCUUCUCUAGUAGCUGCAGCACUUGCAGCACUUCAAGCUUACCAGAAGCAGCAGCUCGUCAAGCUUCUCAUCUCCAAGUAGCAGCAGCUCGUCAAGCUUCUCAUCUCCAAAUAGCAGCAGCUCGUCAAGCUUCUCUUCUCCUAGUAGCUGCAGCACUUCAAGCUUACCAGGUCAAUCAUGCAGUUCUAGCAGUUCGUCAAGCUUUUCAUCUACAAGUAGCAGCAGCUCGUCAAGCUUCUCAUCUCCAAGUAGCAGCAGCUCGUCAAACUUCCGAGGUCCAUCAUGUAGUUCAAGCAGCUCGUCAAGCUUUUCAUCUACAAGUAGCAGUUGCUCGUCAAGCUUCUCAUCUCCAAGUAGCAGCAGCUCGUCAAGCUUCUCAUCUCCAAGAGGUUAUCCAAGUAGUUCAGCACCUCGUCAAAGCUUUUCUUCUCCAAGUAGCAACAGCUCGUCAAGCUUACCAAGUUCCAUCACGUAGUUUCAGCACCUCGUCAAGCUGUUCAUCUCCAAGUAGCAGCAGCUCAUCAAAGCUACUCAUCUCCAAGUAGCAGCAGCUCGUCAAGCAAGGAGGUUCAUCAAGUAGUUCAAGCACCUCGUCAAGCUUUUCUUCUCCAAGUAGCAGCAGCUCGUCAAGCUUAGGAGGUUCAUCAAGUAGUUCAAGCACCUCUUCAAGUUUUUCUUCUCCAAGUAGCAGCAGCUCGUCAAGCUUACAAGGUCCAUCACGUAGUUCAAGCACCUCGUCAAGCUUUUCAUCUCCAAGUAGCAGCAGCUCGUCAAGCUUUUCAUCUCCAAGUAGCAGCAUCUCGUCAAGCUUAGGAAGUCCAUCAAGUAGUUCAAGCAGCUCAUCAAGCUUUUCAUCUACAAGUUGUAGCAGCUCGUCAAGCUUCUCAUCUCCAAGUAGCAGCAGCUCGUCAAGCUUCUCAUCUCCAAGUAGCAGCAGCUCGUCAAGCUUACAAGGUCCAUCAAUUAGUUCAAGCACCUCGUCAAGCUUUUCUUCUCCAAGUAGCAGCAGCUCGUCAAGGUUUUCAUCUUCACGUAGUAGCAGCUCGUCAAGCUUCUCUGCAAGUAGCAGCAGCUCGUCAAGCUUUUCAUCGCCAAGUAGCACCAGCUCGUCAAGCUUCUCAUCUCCAAGUAGCAGCAGCUCGUCGAGCUUAGGUGGUCCAUCAAGUAGUUCAAGCACCCCGUCAAGCUUCUCAUCUACAAGUAGCAGCAGCUUGUCAAGCUUUUCAUCUCCAAGUAGCAUAAGCUCGUCAAGCUUCUCAUCUCCAAGCAGCAGUAGCUCGUCAAGCUUCUCAUCUCCAAGUAUCAGUAUCUCGUCAAGCUUACAAGUUCCAUCAAGUAGUUCAAGCACCUCGUCAAGCUUUUCAUCUCCAAGUAGCAGCAGCUCGUCAAGCUUCUCAUCUCCAAGUAGCAGCAGCUCGUCAAGCUUCUCAUCUCCAAGUAGCAGCAGCUCGUCAAGCUUAGGAAGUCCAUCAAGUAGUUCAAGCAGCUCAUCAAGCUUUUCAUCUACAAGUAGCAGCAGCUCGUCAAGCUUCUCAUCUCCAAGUAGCAGCAGCUUGUCAAGCUUAGGAAGUCCAUCAAGUUGUUCAAGCACCUCGUCAAGCUUUUCAUCUCCAAGUAGCAGCAGCUCGUCAAGCUUCUCAUCUCCAAGUAGCAGUAGCUCGUCAAGCUUCUCAUCUCCAAGUAGCAGCAGCUCGUCAAGUUUCUCAUCUCCAAGUAGCAGCAGCUCGUCAAGCUUAGGAGGUUCAUCAACUAGUUCAAGCACCUCGUCAAGCUUCUCAUCAAACAGCAGCACCUCGGGGUCAAGUUCAGACUUCAAGUCAAGUUCAAUCAGUUCGGCCUUAGAAUACAGCAGCAGCAGCAGCAGCAGCAGCAGCAGCAGCAGCAGCAGCAGCAGCAGCACCAGCACCAGCAGCAGUAGCAGCACCAGCAGUUGUUCCAAAGAAGUCUCCGGAGUCGAC